AUGUGGGUGGACUUGUGUUGCUUUUUGAUUCCCAUUCUUUUUGUAUUAACUGACUGUACUAAUGGUCAAAUUUCUCUUUUACCCAUUGUUAUUCGAGAUACGCUGAAGACUCUACCUUUACUCUCUACCUGCGCUGCCUGGCCUUCUGUGGUUCCUAACGCUACAGGACGGAGACAGCCAAUAAGGAAAAAGCCAAAAGUAUUUGUGAAGUGCCUCGCAUACUACAAUUCUAAUCUCGCAUUAGCUCCUUCAUCUUAUUGUUACGUCGUACGCCACCAGAAUCCAAUGGCGCCCAAGCUUUUAUUUCUUUUCGAGAAAGACAAUGACCGAUAUUGGCUGUCGGAUGCUACGGGUCUCCCGAUAGCAGAUGGCUGUCCUCUGCUUGAUCUGACAGACAAGGAAUUGGUCUAUGAGACGGAACUGCUGAUGAUGGUCACUAGUGCCAUGGAAGCGAAGUUGAUGCCCACGAAUUACAACUACCUUGCUAGCUAUAAAAUUGCUGAAACCUACUACGUGUUGCUUGAGGAACGCCUUGAUGGAGGACGAUUUCCGGCUAUAUCACCCUCAUCUAACUCAGCGACUCUCGAUGAUGGCGAUUCCGUAGGUUCUGACGAUGAAACACCCACAACACGUUAUCCGCCCACCUACAGUCUCUCGGACGGUGAGGAUAAAGAUUGUGCCGCUAGUGAAAUCGUGGCUCCCUCUCAGAUCACCACCAACCCCAGUACUUCUAGCGAUGGUGGCAUCUUGACUCCCUCUCAAAGCACCGCCACCACCAGAGCUUUCAGCCCUGUCGACGUCAACAAGAGCGAUGAUCCCAAACGAGACGAGUUUAUCAUUGGUGACUCUGACGGCCGUUCAAAAGACAAAAAACCAGUUUCCAGUACUGGGAGUUCUUACAAAAACCCCGAGGUUGCUACCAACUACGCCUUCGAUACGAAUAGCGAGCCUAUAAAUGAUGGCCACAGCCACCGCCAACCGAUCUCAACAGACAAAGUGCCACCGCGCCGGGACCCUUCCCAGGCUGCGACCGAUCUGAUCUCGCAAAUUGGUCGUUCAGGCCUAACAUGGGGAGCGAUGGACCCUUCAACUGGUUAUUGUAUUCAGUUCGAUAUCAACAAGGCGCCUAUCCCAAAAUUUGUCCAGGUUAGCCCUGAUACGGAGAAUCCAAGCAGACCAGACGCACAAUCAAAGAGCAAUCGUUUUACCCCAUCAACGACUCGCAAGCCUCUCCCUCAUCCUGUGGCAACUGAUGGCCUGUCUAUUCGGCGUGAUAAGCCUUAUUGGACCGAGUUUGGUUUGCAUUGGCCCCCCCCUGAUGGGCCACUCUAUCUGCCCCCUUUAGACCCCAAUGACCCUUAUAAAGUACCGGAUUCACCGCUAUAA